CCUCGGCAAAAAUGGGUGUUCAUAGGGCAUUGGAGUGUGAGCCCAACUGGAGAACAACAAAUCCCCACAAUGCGGCUCAAGUUGCCAACCGGACCCUUCAUAUGUUAAGGUUACAGAACAUCAGCAUUGGAUCGGUCAGUCAUCAGUUCCCAGCUUCUCUUUUCUGAUAUGUUACAGACAUCAUCCCUCACCUAACCCAGGUCCACCCAUUCCAACAUCACACACGUUCCUUGCACUGCAGCUGGUUCUGCUGUUUCGCUUACCUUAAUUCUAAUUCAUUUAAUCCAAUCAUCACAAACAUGCCCCGCAGAACAAGCCACCUUAUGGGUCCAUCGGAUGUGGUCAUUCUCGUCGUGGGAAUGACGGGCAGCGGGAAAAGUCAAUUUGUCUCGAAAUUGACCGGAGAGGACGCUGGCGUCGGUCAUAAUCUCACAUCAUGCACCAUUUCGCUUGACCUCUACAGCUGCGUCGAAAAUGGUCAGCGAAUCUUUGUGGCGGAUACUCCUGGCUUUAACGACACCCAACUCUCAGACGUGGAGAUUUUGAAGGACAUUGCCUUUUUCCUUGGCCAGCUCCACCUCAGAAACGUUCGUUUGGGAGGCAUCCUCUAUCUUCAACCCAUUACCGACAACCGAGUCAGUGGUUCGGCUCUGAAAACAUUCAACAUUCUUCGAGCUUUAUGUGGUCCGCAAGCUUUGAAAUGCGCUGCUCUGGUAACCACAAAGUGGGAUGCCUUGCGCAGUUCAAAGGAUGACCUGGCUGCCUAUGACCGGGAGAACGAACUGAAGUACACUUCAAAUCUCUGGGGCUCCAUGCGCCAGCACGGCAGCCAAUCAUACAGAUGGCUCGGAAGUGAGGCCUCAGCCCGCUCUAUUGUUCGGGAGGUUAUCCAGACGAGCUUUCGAAACACCUCCUCGCCAGUUCUUCAGAUCCAACGCGAAUUGGUCGACGAGAAGCGACCCCUAGACAGUACCUCAGCCGGGUGUGAAAUAAUGAAGCAUUACGGAGACAGAUGUCAGAAGCUCAAGCAGGAACUCGACAACCUCAGGUCUGAGCUUCUUAGUGCGUCCGAUCUCACACGAGAAGAGCUCAAAGAGGGUGAAGCGGAGGUGAAUCGUUUGAUGGACGAGCUCAAUAGAGCUGAGACUUCCCAACAGAGGCUUCGCGUCAGCCAGCAAGAUCUCUUUGACCAGAAGAAGAGUGAGUAUGAGAAGUUGUAUCAGGGAAUCUGGGAGGAAGUGGAACAAGAGAAGAAAAUGAUCAGCGACAUUGACAAUCGUUUGUCAGCCUUCGAGCAGAGACUGAGUCGGCUUGAACCCAAGAUGGACAGCGCCAAGGGCCUUGCCACUGCAGAAUUUCCCGCAGCCGGAACAUGGGCAAGGGUGAGGCUGUUCCUCAAGCGGAACGUGCUCCCACUACUUGGAGUCCUGGCAGGCGUGGGAGUUGUGGCCGCUGGCGCUGCGGUGAUCAACCCGCCUCUGAUAAUGGCAGGUGCGCAGCUUUUUGCGUUGUCCUUUUCCGGAGUUCAGUGGCAGCACGGUCAAGGUGCUGAUGGGAGAGAUCUGAUUGCUGGCGUCGAGGGCGUGAUGAAGGCAUGUCCACCGACUCCUAUAAGUGCUGGAUUUCGAAUCUGUACGUAAUCUGGGGGUUGGUCAUCCGAUCGUUAUCGAAUGUAUCUCUUUUGUACAUCUUGAAUGUAACGAAUUGAACAAAGCACAGUGACGCACUCCCAGAAGGCAGCGGAGAAGAAGAAGGUGGAGAGAAGGAGGGAUCGGGAGGUGGAAUGACUUCCAGGUUUAGUUGCUGCUGAUGUUCCAAAAGGAGAACCGCCGCCCCGAGAUCUCGUAGCCAAGCUGAGAUUAAGCUCAACCAGACGGAGUUGGCUUAUACAUAGUAGAGGCGGGCCGGCGAAGGUGAGCGCUCUCCUGUACCCGGAUUUUACGACGUACAAUAUCCGGCGGCUAUAUGAGCUGAAGUGGGAGACAGUUCUAGUGAUAGCGGAGGAGACUAUCAAGGCGUCGAAUGAUCAUGUACAAUUCAAUACUGGGUUGUUUGUUAGUUUGGUUACUCGGCCAAAGGUUGAACAGGGGAGAUCUGGAGCUCUCAUUCGCCUCCUCAGAGAGAAAC